CAUUUGCUGCCUGAUAAGCUUGCAAUUCGGAGAUUUCAAUGGCCAUUGCAUUCAGGCUGCUGCAAUAAGACUUUUCCCUUCUGGCAGCAGGUGACCCCUCAUCUUCUAUCUUCUCUUGAGCUGAGUGAAGAUGGGGAACAUUGUGCCCAAGGGGAAGAAGGGGCAUCGCAGCUCUUGGGCUGACUCCACGCACUUGGGCUUCUUGGCCCCUGCAUCGUGCCACCAUCUUGACUCUCCCAACCCUCCUCUCCCUUCUGCCUCAGAAUGAAGCUCCCCUGUGUGACCCUGGGUGCUCUGCUCCUCCUGCUGCCGGCUGGCCAUGGAGGCAUGGGCACCUCUGCUAUCGACCUGCGCACCUUUGUCGGCUGCGCCGUGCGCGAGUUCACCUUCCUGGCCAAGAAGCCUGGCUGCAAGGCGCUGCGGAUCACCACGGAUGCGUGCUGGGGACGCUGCGAGACCUGGGAGAGGCCAAUACUGCAGCCGCCUUACAUUGAAUCUUACCACCGUGUCUGCACCUACAAUGAGACCAAGCUGGUGACAGUGAUGCUGCCCAAGUGUGCCCCUGGUGUGGAUCCCUUCUACACCUACCCAGUCGCCAUACGCUGCAACUGUGACUUCUGCUCUACGGCCACCACUGAGUGUGAGACUGCCUGAGCUCUUCUUUCCCAGGUCAAGUUCCUCCCUGGCUCUACACCUCUGCUGUCUCAGAGGGUGUGAGUCAGCCCAGAAUUUGGUCUCACCAUCUAAUGCUCCUAAUCAUCAGCUUUUCAGGCAGAUGAGGUUUAGUUUCCUCUUCCCUUUCUGUAGAAAUGUAGAACACAGCCUUACAAUAGCAAAUCCUAUGGAAGAAAAAUUGAUGCUGUUUCCCUUCCUUCCAGGCUUUACGUAGUGUGGGACCUUUCUUCAUGCACAAAGGGCACAUGGACUAGAUAGUUACAGAGGGGUUGGAAACAGGCCAUAAAGGCAUUACAGCCAGUAGAACAGCCUUUAUUCUUUUUAGUUUUAGUACCUUCCCAGUAAUGUAAGAGUUACCAUUUCCCCCUCUUGCCCCUUCUGCUCUUCUUAUGCUGAGAUCUGUCAAAAAUAUCUGUCAAAGGAAAGGCUGUACAGGCAAUAAAAUGGAAAUGGGUAUCAAAUCACCACCUUGAAAUUAGGGUGAGUACACCCUAAGCCCUUACUCAGCCAAGUACUUGAUUAAUAUCCGUGGACUUACAGUUAAGUGCGUAUUUCAGUAAUUUGCUUAAUUGGAGCACUUCUGCUGAAAAAAUCUUGCCUUACAGGAGAUGACUUCUUAAAAAACAGAAAGAAGCACAUUAAAUGUGUAAUGCUUUUGUCCAGGACUAUCCAGAAGAAGAAUUGGCUUCGUGUAAAACCAGAGAGGCUCUGCACAACCCUAAAGUCCUCUCCUGACAAUUUCCAGAGUUAGAGGGACCAAGCCAAAAUGUAGUCCUUGUGGUUCAGUUUCAGCAAGCCUUGGCCAAGGUACUGGGAAAGAGGGGGCUAUGAGGGGUGUUUCCCACACUUCCCUGCACUGCUCAGCCACACAGGGACUUGCUUCUCAGGAGAUGCACAGAGGGCAGCCAGAAGUGCUCACGGGAGGGCUGAGGAGUUGUCUGAUAGCAAAUAAUGCAGCCAGCACAGGUGGGACAGGCCCAGGGCAGGGAAGGCAGCAGACAUGCCAAAGGCUGGUCCACACCACCACCUUCAGAACCACUGUUUAUAGACUGGGGGAUGCAUGGGAGCUGCUGCAGCAUCCCCCCUCUGGUGAACACAGCUGUGUAAGUGCCUUAGUCCUCCAACUCCCACCUGGAGGUGGACAGAUCCAUGUUCAUCUCUCAUUUCUCCCCCCUGAACAAAAUAGGAAAUGAUGUGAAAACAUCAAAAUUUGGCCAAGUGCAAGAGAGUCACAGGAGCUUACAAACAAAGACAACUCAGAUAGCCAUUAGCAAAGAACUGCUGCUGAGAGAAUGUCAGCACCUGCCUUCCGCUCUGAUUAAGUGUCUUCUGGAUGCAGUUCCUCUAUUCCCACAGUUGUGUGCCUGAAACUUCCCCAAGUGCCUUAUCCUCCUUGAGACAGAUCUUUUUGUUUUUAAUCUGAUCUACAAUGUAUUAGUUGCUGUCAUGUUUUGUCGGUGGAACUCUGAAAGCUGCCCUGUGCCUGAGUAGAAAGGAGAACAUUUUAUCAUCUGCCUUCAGUAGUUGUGAAUUCUAUGUCAAACAGCAGCAGGAGCAGUUUUCUGGUGAUGGUGAGUUUAACUGCCUUAAAAAAGUCCUUCUGUUUUCUUUCAAAUUGCAUCUCUCUAAUCUUGUUAUUGUUCUAAGCAGCAUCACAGCUAUUAUGGAAAACCUACAAAUUAUUUUAUGUCCUUAAUAAAACCCCCAAAUUGUAUUAUGGAUGCAAUUUAAAUCAAUGUGUCCUUCUUUAUUGAUGCAUAAAGCUUUCUCACACAGAAUAUAUGCAAGCUCCUACAAACUCUUUGCCAGAGCUGUGAACACCUGCAAAACAUCUCCUCGAUCCUAAUGCAAAGUCAUUUCCUUUGCUGGAUUUCUCUUACAGAGUCUGGCUGUGCCAUAAUCUUGGGAUUAGAAAUGGGAUUCCAAAGUGACAACUUCCUUCCAUUGCAACAAGCGAGAAAUACAGGCUGUACCCUGAUAUGAUGAGGCAGUAGAAACCUUAAGCAAGUGUUUGGAAGAAAACACUGCACGAUGUGAAGGAAGGUUUUGAUUGAUGUAGCAGCAUCCAGACUUGGGAGGCGGAAGGGGAGGUGUGGGAAGAAUGUAUUGACUGAAUCUCAGCUAACACUUCUGGAUGGUCUUUUAAGGAGAAGAGCAAAAGUGAAUAGAGAUGCUGUGGAUUUACUGUGAAUGUACAUCUUUUAAUACAGUGAUAGAGUCAGAGAAUGGCUUGAGUUGGAAGGAACCUUACAUACCAUCCAGUUCCAACUCUCUGCCAUGAGCAGGGACACCUCUCACCACAUCGGGCUACUCAGGGCCCCCAUCCAACCUGGCCCAUCCAGGAAUGGGACAUUUUACAGCUUCUCUUGAUUCUUGCUGCUGGUCAUUGCAAAUCUCAGGCUUUUUUUUUAGGUCUUAUGCUAGUAGGUCUUCAUUGUGGUAAAUUUUCUCCAAUUUUGAUACUUGGAAUCACUGAUUGUUCCCUUCACCUGGACACCGACCACCAGCACCAGGCAGAAAUCUUCGUAAACUGCCACAAAGACCACUUGAAAGAUUUGAUCUGUCAUGACUUCCACCACCUAGAAACAAGAGAAAGAAAUCAUGCCCUACGUGUAGAAGGGAACUUGAUGUCCCUGUGAGAAUGGUACUUGCAGAGAGGCCAGACAGAAUUCCUGAGUGUUGAACCAUUCCCAGCUUGAAAUACUGCUGCAACAAAAGAAGGAAGGUGGUUGCAGCUACUUGCUGAGAAAGGAGAAGGUGCAAAUAUGGGAAAAGCAUGACUAUACAACUUGGAUCUCGGUGCUGCCAUCAACACACCAGGUGAGCAGGGGCAAACCAGCGGGUUUAUCUGUGCCUCAGUUUCCCUUCUGGACAAUGGGAGUGACAGCCAUUUUUCUCCCCCCAGUGCAUUUUGGAGAAGGCUGUGUCUCUCUUGUCCUGUCUGCACUCUGCUUCUUGGAUUUGUGUCCCUCUUCCAAUGUGAACAGCAAUAGUUGCAGUCACGCAGUGCUUUCAUAGAAUCAUAGAAUCACUCGGGUUGGAAAAGACCUUAAAGAUC